AUGCGUCCCUUACGGUUUGCACGGUUUGUACGUUUAGUACGAUUGGCAUUGUUGGCUUUAGCCGCGCUCAUCUUAUUCAAUUUGGUAUCUCUCAGUUCACCUCCAGUGCCAUCGAGUGAGCCAUUGCUUAACAUCACCGAUUUCCGAUUUAUACUGUCGCCACCGUCGUGUAAAGCGUUACAAUUAAAUCCCACCGUGCUCAUUCUGGUGCAUAGCGCCCCCACCAAUGUAGAUAAACGGCGGACUAUUCGCGAGACCUGGGGCGCCUGGCGUCGUAACAUACGUGUGCUGUUCCUCCUGGGCGAAGCAAUGGAUUAUGACAAAUCCUUACAGCAUGAAGCAGAGAUCUACGGGGAUAUAGUGCAGGGUAGCUUUCGCGAUACAUAUCACAAUCUCACAUACAAGCAUACAAUGGCGUUGCGCUGGACUCGCGAACACUGCCCUGAGGCGCAUUUUCUGUUCAAAGUCGACGAUGAUAUCUACGUUAACACACCGGCACUAAUCUCCUUUCUCAUGAAUGCGCAACAAACAGCUCUCAUCUGCCUACAAUUUGUAGGCAAUCCCGUAUUGCGGGAUGUUUCCUCGGUGUGGUACGUGAGCCAUGAAGACUACCCUAACGACACAUAUCCGGUGCACUGCAGCGGUUAUGGCAUCAUAUAUCCACGAGAAACCAUUGAGCGCAUGGAGAAAGCCGUGCACUCACUGCCUUUCUUCUGGAUCGACGAUGUCUUUGUGAGCGGAAUUGCACGUGAAAAAGCACAGAUUGCAGUGCAAGAAAUUGACCAACGAGUUCUCCCAAAACCACAGGCUCAAGAGGUGGUAGAAGGAAAAAGGGAUAUUUCCACGAUAGACAGUAUUCUGUAUUCAUACGGGGUGGAAGAACUCGUAAUCCGGCGCUUGUGGCACAUGACUCAACUUAGACAAUCCACUUUUGUUGUGUAA